GGCUGAGUAAGGUAGCUAGGCAGUGCGUAAACAGCACAGACUGCGUUUACUGAACUUUAAACCGUGUUAUUUAUAAAUAAUUCAUGUUUGCUGUUGACUGUAUGACUGAAUAUUCAUUUCAGUAAAGAGUUUUAGGUGAAAAGCCAGAGAAUGGAGGGGGGAGACGGUAAAAAUAUAAGGUUCAGAGAGCUGCCGCCUCUUCCUCAGCAAGGACAGCGAGCACUUCCUACUAUGUCCAGCCAAGACACAGCAGAUUUUCCAGCCCCAAAACGUAAAAAGAAGAAGCCAAGAAAGGACACAAAUGGAGCAGGGGAUAUGGAUGAUCAGGAAAUGGAAAUGGGAGGGCUCAGCAGCCGGAGGGAGUCUGAUGUCGGAGAUCACCUAACUCUUGAAGCUACAGCAGAUGCUCCAAUACAGAGGAGACGGAAGAAGAAGAAAGCCAUGUCUACAAAUCUGGAAGAAAACCAAGCAGACCUGGUCAAUGGAGAUAUGGGAGAUCAGACAACUGAUGGGGAAGAAGUUGUUAAGAAAGCCAAAAAGAAAAAGAAGUCAAAGGUCGCAGAAUCGCAGGUUCCGGAUGAGUUUUGCCUUGAAGAAGACGACAUCAUAAACGACACCUCUUCACCGAUCCCCCAGCAGUCCCUGUUCUCGGCCCCCCAGGGUCAGAGCCAGCCAGUCAGGAAGCUGUUCGUAGAGAGAAACAAGCGAUUCCAGGCUGCAGAGCGCUCAGACUGGAACACCACCAGUGACCAGAUGGAUAACAUGACCGAGCUACAUCACAUGCAGGCGAAUUGGACCACUAGAGAUGUUUCUGUCCGAGUGCACGAAGGCUUCAGGGUGUUUGGUCUGUACUGUCAUGGUUUCCUGGCUGGCUGCGCCGUGUGGAACGUGGUGGUGGUGUACAUGCUGGCUGGGCAGCACCUCACUGCUCUGCCCAACCUGCUGGAGCAGUACCACAGCCUGGCAUACCCCUCCCAGUCUCUGCUCUACAUGCUAUUGGCCAUCAGCACUGUAGCCUCCUUCGACAGGGUGAAUCUGGCCAAAGGUCAUGUGGCUUUGAGGCAGUUCAUCACUCUGGAUCCAGUGGCUCUGGCUUCGUUCUUGUAUUUCUCAGCGUUGGUCCUCUCUCUGAGCCAGCAGAUGACCAGCGAUCGGAUCAACCUCUACGCAUCCUUCAACACGACAUUAUGGCCUCCAGGGUCGGAGCACCAGAUCCUCCACCCGUGGGUUACCAUCAACUUGGUGGUGGCUCUGCUGGUGGGCUUGGCGUGGAUCUUUAUUGCCACCAGACCUGAGACAGACUACACUGAAGGUUACUUGAGGGCGAUGGAGAUUGAGCUUCCAAAGCCAGAGGACAAAUCAGAAAUUACUACCUGAAAAAAAAAAGAAGCUACUGUAAAUCUCUUCUUACUGCAGCUUUGUUGACAUUUGUGUUUAUAUUAGAGAUUAUUUUUUAUAUUUUUCAAAUGUGCUUAUCUCUUACAAUAAAGAGUUUAAAGUAA